CCAAGAAACUAAACAAACAGAAGUCACAGCUCGGAACAUCAAUAAAAUACUCAAUUUUAUUAAAAUUUUAAUAAGUUUUCAUAUAUCUGAAGUUGUGAUGCUAUUGGUGCAUAAUUCGCAGAACUGUUAGUACAAUUAAAACAAUGAAUCACCGUAAAAAUAUACCAGAUGCCACAAGAGUGAACACCGUGGGUCGUGCACAUUCCACACUUAGUGUCUCUGCAGUUGACUAUUAUUUAAAUUUACCAGUGUCUAGUCCACCUUCACCUGCAGUUUCAACAGUAACUUUAACUCCAGGGAGAAUAAGAAAUAUUGAUCAAGAUAUGGAAGCCUUGAGAGCUUCAAGACAAGAUAAUCCAUUUAUUCAACAAGUUAUAGCUAGUAGGGAGAGUCUUAUAGACAGUUUAGAGGAAGAAUCAGACCAUGCUAAUUUAAUGUCAAGGGAAUUGUCUAUUGACUUGGAUGUAGACCCUUUAACUCUUCCUGAAAUGCACGAACACAUGAUUAGAAGUCCCCCGCCUACGACAUGGCCAAAAUCUUCAAAUUUUAAAAUGUUUCAGUUUCCAAAUGGUGAAGAAGAAACGCUUCAAGUAGAACUUAACACCAAAGAAAAAACCAAAAGUGAUCUAAAACCAAAACAUUCAAGUUGGGAUGGAUCGGAAACGUCACCUUUAAAAUCAUUGUCCAAGUCACACCAUCACCAUCAAGAUGUGUUUUCUCUAUUGACACCAAAUUCACUGAGAGCUUCAGGUGAAGAUAGUAUUCAUUUAAUGGCUGAAGAUUAAACAUUCCUUAAGUUUUUACAUUCCUAAUAUGGUAAUGUGAUACUGUUUUCUAGUCAAAGCGUUGCAAAUAUUGUACUUAACUUGUUUCAUUUCAACGGAAUAUAUUGUUGAAACCAAAGAAAUUAUAGUGUUCCAAAAUUUGCCAUAACUGUUACACUGCUUCAAGUCGUAGUCUUGUUUCCAUAUCUAGGCAAAAUUCUAAUAAACUAAUUCAUUUAUCUAAAUUAUCUUGAAGUAGUAAGGGUAAUUUAUAGCACAAUAAGUUCCAAAAGAAAUUGUGAAGAUAUAAUUUUUAUAAGAAUAUAUUUACUAAAUAUCCUAGUUUUUAUGAUGCCAUUGAAAUCGGGGAUAAAAUCGAUAUAUUUUGUCUUGAAGUCCAUAUUAGGUCAAUUUCGUAUGUCUCACUGAUUUGGAAUUGGUAUUUGUGAUGGAAUAAUUAAUAAAAUUUUCUUUAUUUGCUGAUCCAUCACUACGAAUUCAGAUUGCAUUUUAUUUUUGAAACAUUGAAACUACCAACUUGGUGCUGGUCACUACACUGAUGGUACUUUGUGAUAUUAUUUGUAGUACUUAAAAACUUCGUUUUCGGAUUUUUGAUCUCGCUAUUGUUUUUUCCUUGUCGAGUGCAAUUAAUAUAGACCGUUAGGGUUGUAAGUGGUCUUAUUCUAAAUUUGUGUAAUACCCAUGUACAAAAACCCUGAAUUGGCACUUUUUUGUAGAGUUUAUGUGUAAAUAAUUUAUCGAUAGUUUUACUGUGUUUUAUGUUGACGAUUGAAACUUUUAUAUGCCUUUUUAGCCAGAUGUUCUAGUCCGUUUUUAAUGUUAUAAUUAACUGAUUUAAUGGCAAAAUAUUCUACUGCUUUAGAAUAUAUCUAUAUGUGCAGCUUGUUUAGCUAUAUUUAAAAGACAUGUUGAGCGUGAAUAGUCUGUACAAUAGCGAGAGAAUAUUUUCUUGUUAAAGUCAUAGUUGUAAAGACUUGUAAUUAAAGGGAUUUGAUAACAGUUAUAUAACGUGUACAAGUUAAACAUUUUGUAGAUUAAUGUCGUGUUACAUGUUGAAUAAACAUUUUUGAAAUAAAAGCAUCUAUU